AUGGAUAGGUUAUUAGAUCCGGCCAGAGGCUACUCUGAGGAGCAACCCACAAACAAUUUAGAACCCGACAAUGCAACCGGCCCUGUGACCAAGGUCGCCUCAACUGCUCCCUCGGACUACGACCUCAGUACACCUAUUGCCACCGACCUUGGAGGAUUACGGUCAAAUUUACCAGCGUACGGGGAUGUACAUUUCAGUCUCUUCCUCCGCAAAGUCUUUAUCAAUGCGCUUGGCUACAGUGACGAGGCCUUAAGCAAGCCCAUUAUCGGCAUCAUCAACACUUUUUCUUCAUUCAACCCCUGCCAUGGCCAAGUCCCGCAGCUUAUCGAAGCUGUUAAGCGUGGUGUCCUCCUGGCAGGUGGGCUGCCGAUGGAAUUCCCCACAAUUAGCAUUCAUGAGGCCUUUUCUAAUCCUACGAGCAUGUAUCUGCGAAAUCUGAUGAGCAUGGAUACCGAAGAGAUGGUGAAAGCGCAGCCUGUCGAUUCAGUCAUCAUGAUUGGGGGCUGUGACAAGACGGGAGUCCGAGUCGGAGCCUGCACGGAUUGUCGGAACAACUGGGCCAAAUUCCGCGCCGGGCAGAUAGACAUUGAAGACAUCAUGGAGAUCAACAAGGAGCUCGCCCCAACGGCUGGUACCUGUGGCGUCAUGGGCACGGCGAGUACAAUGGCAUGUAUCACGGCCGCUCUAGGUUUGAUCGAGCUCAAGGCCGGAGCCACGAGCCCAGCGGUAUCUGCAACUCGCCUCAGAGUAGCUGAAGGUACCGGCAAGUUUGCAGUGAAAAUACUUGACGACAAAGAAAAGUUUAGGCCGCAACGGCUAUUAGCGUACGAGAACUUUAUGAACGCCAUCACCGUCCUCCAGGCAAUCGGAGGGAGUACAAACGCCAUCGUGCACCUCCUCGCUAUCAUCAACCGCCAUCCUGGUGUCUCGGGCCGCAUCUCUCUCAAAACGUUUGAUGAAGUGGGCGCCAGGACACCUCUACUUGUCGAUUUGAAGCCAAGCGGAGACAAUUAUAUGACGGACUUCCACAAUGCCGGGGAAUGCAUUGGCCCGGUGGGAAACCCAGGCAUGCCCGAAGCAGGCAUGAUUCCGAUACCUCGGAAGUUGGCGAGGCAAGGCAUCGCCGAUAUGCUGAGGAUCAGCGACGGCCCGUUAACAAAACUUUGUUUGAUACCGGAUGCUGUAAGCCCUUUCACCCCCGAGAUGGAGACCAUAUCAGCUCAGAAAAAGGCCCAGCUAGACGAGGUAGCUGGUUUGAUGCUAAAUAUCUAUAAUACUCUUGUACGCAUGCGUUAUCUCAAACCUCACUGGAUCCACUGCGGCCCACAUCAUAUCGACCACCUGUUACCUCUCUGUCAAUCGCUGAGGAUAGAUCCCGAAAUCAUAUACCUGUAUAGCGUCCUGCCCUAUGUCAACACGGGCGGUGUCAAAGGGGUGGACUUUUUCCAGGGAUCCUACUUCGCAGAUUUUCGAGAUGAUAUGGAUCAUGCCGUGCACCACAAUAUCGAGUGUGUAGACGGUUACGAUUACAGCGCUGCCAACGGACGUGACGCAAGCACAGUCCUCGGCGAUAUAGUUAAGUGGUACCAUGAUCUGAGGGAGACGCCGGGCGGUGGCGAAGGAUCCGGAAAUGACUGGGAGCAUGAGACUGUUGUGGAGCUCUACCGAAAACACGGUUGGCCGGGGCCCAACUUCGACGGCGACGCGUUCGAAGUGGAUCAUGUUCGGAGCAUAGCUCACCGUGCCCUGACUUGGAGUGCUAAUGAGCCUCUUCGCAAAUUAGAGGAGUCUCAGAGGGAGCCUAAUGAUUGGGCUCAUAGGGCCGUUGAGGAUGCGCUCAAGAAGAUAAAGAAAGCAAAGAAAGUGGAUGAGGAGUGGAUGGCGCGUUGGGACCUAUUCGAAGCAGAACAAGUGGUUGCAAACUGCGAACGUGAGGCGCGUGAAGCACGCGCUGAUGCUGCGCGGUAUUGCCCUGAGGGUGUGGUUUUACGCCCGGAAGAAGAGCUUUGCUGGAAGCGAAAUACCUGCAACGCGACCAUGAAUAUAAGCUCCAAGAGAGGAGAAGGGGACCAUCAUCUAGACCUCAAGCUUCGUCAUUGCCAGGAGGAGGGUGCCUUGCUAGGCAGGGCUGUGACGGCAGUAAUAGCCGAGGCAGAAAAGCUGUAUCCGGGGCAGACCAUUACGACAGCGAACGGCCUGCGCAUCAUGAACGAAUCAACAAAAGAAACUCGUAUAGAGGAGACCAAUGCGGUCAUGGAAAAAGGAACUAUCGCCAUGGAACUCUUUGUUUUGAUGGAUCUCUUCAGAUAUGGCGGCACCUCGUUUGAGGACGCUGUAGCCAUCGAGUUUAUCUGA